CCGUAUUGCUUAGGUUGGCGUCAAUUUUAGCUGCAUUUUUAGAAAAAUAAGGCGCCAUACUGCCUUGAGUUUGUUUUAUUUUGAUUAUUUAAAAAAGUUACGUUGAUAAAAUGAAAAAGGCAAUUUCGUUCAAACCUGGCGACAAAGUUUUUGCCAAAGUUAAAGGAUAUCCCCCUUGGCCGGCCUCUAUACAAUCAGAAAAUGGAAAGAAGUAUAAUGUCAAGUUUUAUGGUACCGGGGAAAUAGGGACCAUCAAAGCAGAAGACCUGUUUUAUUUUAUUAAAAGCAAAAAUACUCUCAAGAAAGUGCUGAAACGUAAAGAUUACAAUGAUGCCAUGGCAGAAAUUGAAGAAGCCAUUAAAAAUGAUGGUGGUGAUGGUGAAAGCAAUUCAGAUGAUUUAAAUAUCAGUGCAGUUAACACUACAUUGGAAGAGAGUGAAAAACUUACCGAUAGUAUAAAGAAAGGGAAGCGAAAAAGAAGUGGUUCUGAUAGUAGUUUAACAGAAACCAAGUCCAAAAAAGCAAAUGUUACUGCAGAAAGUACACCAGUAAAAUCUCCAAAAAAGAAAGCAACUGAAGAAAAAGAAGAAAGCACUGAAGCAGCAGAAGAAACUUUAAAAUCCGAUGAAAAAACUGAUACCACAGUUGAUGAAAAUGAUGAAACCAAUACAACAACCAAUGAAGAAACAGUUGAAAAUGCUGAAGCUAAUAAAACAGCCACUGAAGAAAAAGAAGUCCAGGAAGUUGAAGAUGUUGAAAUGGCUGAAAACAUUCCAGAAGAAGCUAAAAAAGAUGAUUCUUCCAAAGAAGAUAAAACUGAGGAAAUCAACGCAAAUGCUGAAAAACCCAAACCCAGUAAAACAAAAAAUAAAGUGGAAGAGGUUGCAAAAGAGGAAUUUAAUAUACACAAUUAUAUUCUGACUACAGAAAAAAGUCUUAAAAAUAAUAUAUUAUUUGCCGAGCAUGUUAAAGCUGAAGAAAAAUACUACGCAAAAAUAUCGGUAGAUCAACCUCUGAUAGACUACAAAAAGAGCGUGUUGCCGGUAAAAUUAACCACCGGUAAAUAUGCCGGUAUAAAGUUAACACAAAUCCCAAAACCUCAGAAAUUCAAAGGUGAGUAUCAGAGAGCUAUGUUUGACAAAGAACUGUCUGAAGCUGUGCUAAAGAAAAGCGAGGAAAUUUCCAAACUGGACAAAGCUCCAACUGAAGAUUAUAUCAUUCAAGACUUGAAUACCACAGAAGAACAAAUUAAUGAAAUAUUAAAUGACAAGGAGGUGGAACUGAAGCAAAAAAGGCUCGUCGUAUUAAAGGAUGAAGCCAAAUUGGUAGUGUUGGAAAAGGAUAUUAAACUGACGUUAGGUUUGGAUACAGCGGAUCCCGAAAAAGCUUUAGUUUACUUAGAGGAUAUGUUGAAACUCAGACAUGUCGACCGCAUUAUGCUCCUCAAACAUUAUCAUGUGCUGGAAAUGGUCAAAAGGUUGAAAAUCUACUACGGGAAUAUUAAAGAAUGGAAUCUUUCUGAGGAGUCCUUGGAGAAAUUCCAAAAGGAUGCAGAGAUGGUUAGGAAGAAGGCGGAAGAAGUUUUUAAGAUGCUCAUGAAACUAUUUCCCGAAUUUCAAGAAAAAGACUUUUGGGAGGGCUUUACCGACACAGUUGCCAAAUUUAGGGAGGAGUGUAAGGAUUUAACUGAGUCUCAAGUCGGUGUGUUAUGGGCCCCUCCAAAAUCUAGAAGAACGUUCAUGGAUCUCCUGGAGGAACAAGCCCUAACAGAGUCCGAAAGUGCGCAAAGAGAUAAUUCCAAGGAAACCGAAAAGGAAAAUUCCAGCGAAAUUGCAAACUCAGAAAAAGUUAUUGAAGUCUCAGAAACUGAGCAAGAAGUUGUAUAGAAUUUAACACACAAGAUAAAAUUUAUAUUAAUUGCAUGUUCUAUGUGGAAUUAUUUUAAUCAAUCAAUUCAUUAAAAUAUCCAUGUGUUUUAUAAUUUUGACAUUUUAAAAAAACUUU